AUGAACCGUUUUCGCACCAAGAAGAAGGCGAAGGAUGACGCUGCCUCGGCGCCGAGGGCUUCCCACGAGUCCGAAUCCUCCACGCCCUUCCGCCUUUUCGGUAAGGCCAAGAAGUCUCAAGAGGAGGAACCGAAGAAGGAGCUGGACCUGGAGAAUGCUCUGCCGCCAAGCGAUGACUUCCGGACGAGCCUGCUCAUGACGGGCCUUUCUGCACGAUUCUCCAUGCUCAGGGAACAAGAUGACCCAAACACCAAGAUCGGCAAGGCGAGCGACGACAGCGUCUUAUUCCCCAACCGACAGUCAAGGUUGAUGGACUUCGGCUUCGGCCCGGGUGCCAAUGCACUCUCGGACAUUGCAGAGGUUGAGUCCAUCAGGAAAGAGGCGCCCUUCAACCGCAUGGACUCAUACCACUCGGCAGACGGCAGCUCCAUCUCGGGGAGCGUUAUGGACCGCGCCAAACCCGGUGAAGGCAAUAACCUAUUCGGCGGACGGCAGAAGGUGUACAAGCUUGCCUCAGGAACCGCAUCGACAAAGAACCUUGAAGGCGGAGGCAUGAGUGGCCGUGUCCUCUACGACGACGACGUGUCCAAGUCGGCUUUCCAGAAAUGGAGACAGGCCGAGAAGUCCAAAAUGUCGUUCGACGACGAGAACGACCAGACACAUUCGAGUCUCGAUCUUGCUCGCGCUGAGUCUCCUCCGCCCGUAGGCUACAAUAGCAAAAGAGAGACGAACUCGACGACGUCGUCCACACCCUCCGUCGGCCGCAAUUCCACCGCAGCCACCUCAGUCAUGUCGCAGCCCACGUCCGCAGCAAAGGACUGGCAGUCAAACUCGACGGCUCCCAAUUCGGCCGCAGGCACUCCUCAUCUCGAACGCACCUACACUCGAUCGCGCCGCCUCUACGAGACGGGACUCAAUCACGAGCUCCAAGAGCAGCAAUCCUCGGCCCUGUCGCGUAUGGAUACGCUGUCCCGCCAGCGCACCCUCGGCAGCAGAACUCCCGACCUGAUGCAGAACGGGCCGUCCCCGACAAGUAGCCUCUUCAAUGACCGGUUCGGUGAGAGGAGGAUCUUGGCCAAGGCCAGUGCUCCCAACCUGCGAUCCGGGAGCCCACUAACGGUCGGAAGCCCGAUCCCUCCCAUGGAUCUGGGCGUGACGAACCCGGAGCCCAGGCCCUCGUUUGGCGGCGCGCCGCCCCUGAGCCCACCCAUCAGCGAGGGCGAGGAGAACUCAAUCCUGCCCAGUGAUCGCGGCAAGGCCACCGCAAUGGGACUGUUCCAGAAGCCACUCCACUCGUACGACGAGUCGAGAUACGCCCAGAGACAGCUCCAACUCCAGCAGGGUCGCGACACGCCGGCCAACAGGUUCCGCGCCGAGUCCAACGCCUCUCAGACAACCGGUCGCUCGCGGUCGUCUUCUUCGGCCCACAGACUCCCGAUCGAGAAGCCCGAACCCACCAUCCGGACCGAGCCGACCGUGAAGGAGGAAGAGGCCGGAAUGAGCUUCUACGACGAUUCCAUGUCGCCACAGGAUGAAUACACAAGGCCUGCUGCAGGUUUCCACCCCGCGUCAAGACGGCCAGCCGACCGCGACCAUCCCGCACUCAGGAACUCAGCAGAGCCAGCCCCGUUGUCGUCGACGAUCACGAGAGUUUCGGCUGAGCCGUCGCCUACGCCUGAACAGCCCUUCCCUCCCGUUUCUGCCGUGUCCGUCGAGUCACUGAACUCGCCUCAAGACUCGCCCACUCUCCCUUCAUCAUCGGGCCUCAGUGGUAUGGUCCGCCAGCACCUCCGGACCGACAGUGCGACGUCGUCCCUUUACGGCUCAGCGCCGCAGACGUCCAACUUUGCUUCCAGGUUCCCGCUUGAUCCCUACGAUUCCAAGUCCAUGGCGGACAUGGGAGCUAUGGCCAACCCCUGGGAGGCUCAGUCGCCGGACUGGAGAAACUCGACCUUCAACGGAAACGAGCAGGCCGAUGGUGAGCACAAGGAGCAGCAGCCCGCUUCCCAGCCUCGCCCAGCUCUGCCAUCGGGCACCCGGAACGCGUCGGAGCGGAACACGGGCUCCAGCACCGAGAUGGAGAAGGAUCAAGACGAGUUCGCCAGUCAACUUGCCGAUGGCGCCCGUCGAGUCCGCGAGAGACUUACGUCGUACGUCGAGUCUGACCGCGACAGUCGGUCUCUGUCGCCUAACCCCGUAGACCGUAUCCGUGAGCCAUCGCUGCCCCGCCCGAACCCGUUGGGCAUCCUGAGGCAAAAGACGAGCCGUGGCUCCUUGAUCGACCGCAAUCGGGAGAACCGCCAGGACAGCCAGCACUCCAAAGCCAUCAAGAUGCUCGGCCUUGCGUCAUCGACCAUCAGUAGCGCCCCCAGUCCGAGCCGGUCCAGUUUUGAGGACAAGGAACCCCAGUCUCCUGUUCGCGAGGACCGAGAGAAGCCCCCGUUCCCCAGAGCUGAGACGACCCCCGUGUUGCCGUCGCAGGAGACGAGCAAGGAGAAGGAAGAAGAGCCUGUGCACGCCGGAUUGAGGGCCUUCAGACAGGCCAGGAAGCAGUUACUGGAGUCUCAGAAGAGUCCUUCGACUAUCCCGAUGGUGCCCGGCCCGAUGCCCGGCUCCAUGACCACUCCCAUGGUUGGCCCGCCGGCUUCUCGCACCGCCCCAAGCCGUGAGCGGACUCCCAGUCAGCGGUCCGCCUCCCGUGAGCGACGACCGCCUCCCGUCACCUACCAGCAGCGGGCACCGAGCGAAGAGCCUCAGCCCAGCAACGGCCCGGGACGAGCGGCGUCCCGUCCUCCGUCCCGGACGGAACGCGACCGCAGUGGCUCGGAGGCCAGUAACGGCGAAAGGUCUCAUCGUCCCGCCCGACUCCGCACCGGUACCGCCUCAUCUCCACACGAGGACCGCGGAAUGGGCCUCAACCCGCCUCAGGGCCCCCAUUCAGGUCGGCCGGCCAUGUUGCAAUCCCCCGGGCUCCCCGGCACCAACAUCCGUCGGUCUCCUAUCAUGCCUCCUCAGCCGUACCCGACGGGCGCUCCUUCGGCGAAGACACUCGACCGAUCCGCUUCCUCGGGCAACCUAGCCGUGCAGUACCGUCGCAGAGGGCCUGACCCUGCGCAGCCUUCUCCGAUCUCUCCCAUGGCGCCCAUUCCUUCGCCUUCGAUCCCUGUCAGCCAGUCUACGCCUUCGUUCGUCCCCUCUCGCCGACCAUCGGCGCCUCCUGUGCCGUCGCCCAACUACGAUAACCCUGCCGCCAGCCGCCUUGACGAGUCGAUGAAGAGGACGGUCAGGAAGAGGGACAUUUCCGAGCCGACCUUCGUCUCAUCCACCUCGCGGGUCCCCACCGUGGCGCUCCCCGAGACAUCCGAGUCGCGCUCGAGAAGCGGCUCGCGGUCGAGAUCCGGCAGCAUGCUCGGCGGCGCCGCUUCGACGCCCAACCUCCAUGCCACCAUGCAGGCUCAUGCCAAUGCCCCUCCUGUUCCUCCCAUCAACCCCAAACGCCGCAACAUGAUCGGCUCAAUGAUGGGUCGCCGGGGCGAGGACGACUCGGGCGCUAGCUCUCCCCAUUCGACUUUCUCGCCACCCCCAGUUCUCAGUGAACGCGGCGGAGAUAGCCACAGCGCCUUUUCCAUCAGCGACGAAGAGGAUGGACCGGGAUCUCAGCGACGCCGUCUUCGAAAGACCAUCAGCGAAGCUAACGGGAUGAACAUGCGGGCCCGUCUUGCGCGCGGCAACAGCCCUUCUAACAUGCCGGCGCCCACGGCAAUGACUGGCGGUCUCAACAACGGAUCCAUGCCCGGCGGCAUGAUCUAG